AUGAAAUCUGUUAUAUCAGAAUGUGGUAUGCAAUCACAUAUAUCGGAUAGAACUGUAGAUUCCAAUAAUCCCUCGGAAGCUGAAGAUUAUGAUAAAUUUGAAUAUAAUUAUGGAUGGGCACGGAGUAGAAAAUUUUUAAAACAGUUGGUCAAAGACAAUAUUGAUUUGUCUUUAGUAGAAUAUGAAAUAUUACGGCAUACGAAAAACAAAAAGCCAAAAACAUGGAAACAGUAUUUCCUAGUUUGUCUUCGAAGUAAUGUUCUUCAAGUAUUAAUGUCCUUAUUAGUAUUACUUGAUGCAGGGAUUGUAAUCAGUGAAAUAGUGUUGGAAAUACAAUCACUUCAAACGUACAAAAGUAAUUUUCGCACACAGCUUGAAGAUUUUCGUGACAUUAUAUGCACAGUUAUGUAUAGAACUGCACCUGAAAUGGAACUUCCUUUUCAAUGUUAUUCAGAUGAACAGGAACUGCAUUUCAGAAAAUCUAUUAAAAAACUAAAUUUCACAAAUUAUAACAAACUUAUGCAAAAUCAAACUUCUACAGUUGAACAUACAAAUCAUGUAAAAAUCUUUACCGAAGAAUCAAAUUUUACAAAUCCAAGCCCUAGAAUAGAAAACACACAUCAUUUCCACCUUAACAAUCACCUCGAGAAAGAUGACGAAUUAUUGAUGGAUAUGUGUAGCUUCCUUUCUCACUGGUACAGAAAGUAUGAACCAUCUAUAAAAUGUUUUUUGAAUAGUGAAAUGAAUAAUAUCAUUCAGAGUAUAUUUUCGAAUUCAAUACCAUUCAAUAUUGCAUCAAAUCUAACUGAAACAAAGAAUCAGACAAGUAUCUAUUUAAAUGAUAAACCAAAAAUAUUUCAAUUAGGAAGUCAAACAGAUUUACCUACUACAAUCUCGUUUUUGUUUUCUACUGUAAAUAGUACUAAUUUUUAUGAACAUAUAAAUGAAAAUGAAUUGCUUUCUCAUUAUGAUAAUGUACAUAAUGAAGGAUUUUGUGGAGAUUCAUAUUUAAAAAAACGUCAACUUGGUGCAAGAGCAAUGCAUGAAGCUUCAGAAAUUUUGCAUUAUUUAAGCAUUGCUAUCACAGCCUUAUUCUUUCUGUGUGUUAUAUUGAAAUUAAUUUGCAUUGGGAAGGAAUUUUUUCGAGAUACAAACGAAUACUUCGAUGGAGCAAUCAUAGUAGCCUCUUUAGCUUCCGAUGUACUGUAUGUUCGUUAUGUAUCCGAAACUGCAGCUGCAAUGGUUGUUUUAUUGCUAUGGAGGAUUAUUCGAAUAAUAAAUGCCCUUAUGAUGCACAAGAAACAACAAUAUGAAUUUCGAAUAGCAAUGCAAAAGCGUUCAAGAAGAAUUUUGGGAAGAAAAAUGGAAGUUAUACGUACUGAAAAAGAAAUGCAAGAUAAACACAUACUUGCUCUAGAAAACUUACUCAAAGAAAUGGGAGUUUCCAGUGAUACCAUACGCAAAUGCAAGCCAUUAUAUAAAAAAUGUACAAAAGAACAAACAAACAAUGCCUUAAAAUCUAUUGCAGCAUUAACUACAGGUUUUAUGGGUGGUCUUGUUGGUGCACCUUCACAUGUUCAAGAUGUUAUAUCAAAAUAUGGUAAAAGUAAUUUUUCUAGCACACAAAAUUUUGCACAAUCAACACUACAACAGUCCGAAUCUCUGAAUAUCUUAUCUAAAUAUCAACGUCAAUCGGUACCAAGGUUAGUACAUAUUCAACUUCCUGGAAAUAAACGAUUGCACAGCCAACAAAUGUGUAACAAUUUUGAAAAAAGUACAAACUAUACUUUUACCGAUCGUGACCAUAUUUCUGAUGAAAUAAAACCUCCCAGCAUCGUACAGGCAACAGGUGAAGAUAAUUCAGACUUUGAUAAACUUUUCAAAAGGCCACGUGCAUUCAGCUUGAAUCCACAAGAACACUGGAGUUCACUUCAAGAAAAACAAUUUCAGUCAUUAUUAUUACAAAGCGAGUCUACAACAAAAUUAACUAAAGGUCUUCAAACAAUGAAGUAUCUCAACGAUGCAGAUAUUCUGUGUGAAAAAGCAGAAAAGUCAUCAAUGUCGAUAUUUUUAAGGCAUACAUCAGAUGAUACACUAAAUGAAACCAUAUCAAAUUAUUACUUUGCUAAUACUUCUAAAGGUCAUCAACACUUUUUAAGAACACUACCAAAUAUAUUUAAAAAAGCUUUGAAUAUAAACAAGCAUAAAACAAAUAUCCUAGAAGAAGAAGGUGAAAUAAAUGAACAAGACGAACAUAAUAAACUAGUUGAUCAAAAACAAAGAAAAAAUUACCUAAUACAUGGAAAAGAGAAUUUUCAACGAACUAAUAAUUCAUAUCCUCAUUCACAAACUACAUCAACGGUACAAGAAAUAUUAGAAGUUGAUGAAAUGUCACCAAUAUGUAAUUUAAAUGGAUCAAAUGAGUUUAUGGAUUCACAGACAGAUAUUAUGUUUAUGAAAGAUAAUAAAAUUUGUAGUGAUAUAAAUAAAGAUUAUAUGGUUUCAUCAAAUGUUGUACAGAAUAAAGAUAGACAUUUAUGUCAACUUACUAAUACUAAUGAUCAUAUUAAUGAUACUAAUAUUAAACAAUCUAUAAAGUCUGUUCAUAAUAUAAAUAAUAAUGUACAUAAUGUAAAUAAUGAAUUAGCUGUUAAUAGGAAAGAAUCUGAUGAACAAAUAUGGAUACUUCAACCAGGUUAUAUAUGGUGUCAAAGUGAAAAUCAAGCCAAGUUAUCUACCAAGAAAAGAAAAUAUUCUGCAAUAAAGUCUCCGAUAAAAGAAAAAUCCCGAACGAAGAAAAUAAAACAGGUAUUUUCUCGUGAUAAAACAUCGAACAAAAUUUCAAAGGCGUUAUCAAUGAAACCUCAGUCGACAAGUUCAUAA